GUGCAGCGCAGGCGCUCUAAAAUACCGUAGUGCUGACAAACUACAGUACCCAUAAGCCUUUGCAACACUCGCGGAAGUCCUUUUUCUUUCCUUCCGCCGUCGCUGAGGUCCCUUUUGGAUUUACAUCGGCGGUCACCAUGGCAGCCCUCAGGCCCCUCACAAAGCCCAAGAUUGUCAAGAAGCGAACCAAGAAGUUCAUUCGCCAUCAGUCUGACAGAUAUGUCAAGAUUGCGAAAAACUGGCGUAAGCCCAGAGGUAUUGACAACAGGGUCCGCAGGCGGUUCAAGGGUCAGAUGUUGAUGCCCAACAUCGGUUAUGGUAGCAACAAGAAGACCAAGUACAUGCUGCCAACUGGCUUCAAGAAGUUCCUGGUGCAUAAUGUCAAGGAGCUCGAGGUCCUAAUGAUGAGUAACAAGACCCACUGUGCUGAGAUCGCCCACAACGUCUCCUCCAAGAACAGGAAGCUGAUCGUGGAGAGGGCAGCUCAGCUGGCCAUCAAGAUCACCAACCCCAACGCCAGGCUCAGGAGCGAGGAGAACGAAUAAACUGGUUAUACACAAUAAACGCUUAAAAAUGGAAA